CAGUCCGCGGCCACAAUGGACAAGAGAGUUUGCGUGGAUUUCAUGUGUGGUGUCUCAUAACGUGAUUUUACUCCUUCGCAGAGAGGACCAUAUCUCAGAACAGCUUCUUCUCCAUGCAAAACCAAGGACAGUAAUCUGGUGUUGUAAGGUGCACUUAUCUGGAGGACAGGCUCUGCAUUGUUUGCUUUCAUAGGCCUAACAGUUUAUUUCCGAGAAAGGAACUUCUAUUACCAAGAAAAUGUUUGAAAUAUUUUUAGUGAUGUUAUGCGGACUGUCAAGCCGCGUACUGGCAAAAGACGCAGAGACUAAAGGAAGGUUCAGCUCUCCAGUGCUGGAGAACGUGCGUGAGAGACAGCUCAUCUUGGAGAAGAACCAGACACUCCAACUGGACUGCAGAGGGCGAUGGGACCUCCAGUGGGUCUUCCCCUCAGGGGUACCCAAGGGCUAUCCUGGAGCCCAGGUGGAGGACUCUUCUUGUGGCAAGCGGGCGAACCAGUUCUGUAGCCGCUUGACCAUCAGCCCUGCCUUAGCCCAGCAUACGGGCAGGUACCGCUGCCGCUACGCCCACAAGCAGCGCAAACACACCUCUGUCUACGUCUUUGUCACAGAUAGCCAGCGGCCAUUUGUGAAUGUGGAGAAAGAGAUCCCUGACGUGGUCUACAUGACAGAGGGGAAACAUUUAGUGUUCCCCUGCAAGGUCACAAACCCUAACACCAACGUCUCUUUGAUUAAAUUUCCUAAGAUCAGAAUUGGGACUGAUCAGAGAAACAUCGUUUGGAAUAGCAGACAAGGAUUUGUCAUCCAUAGCCCCACAAUGUUCUACAUUGGUAUGUUCUCCUGCAAAACCGUCAUCAAUGAGACAACAUACACCAAUACGUUCUUGACCCACAGACCAGUGAAUAAGAUCAAGGAUGUGUAUCUGAACAGCACUGGCACCGUCCAGGCGCUGCAGGGACAGAUGUUGGCCUUGAACUGUACCGUGACAGCUGAAUGGAACUCCAGGGUGUCCAUCAGCUGGAGUUAUCCUGCACAGGCCAAAGAUACUGCCUCAGUCAUUCGACGCAUCAUGCCACGCAAGAAUAAUAUGGCCUUCUAUAGCAUUCUCACCAUCCAUAAACUGAGCAAGGCUGACAGAGGCGUCUACAUAUGCCACGUGGAAAGCGGCCCAGCAAGUCAGGAAGCAAACACUUCAGUUACAGUUUAUGAGAAGCCCUUCAUCAGGAUAAAACACAGAGAUAGUCCAGUGGUACUGGCCUAUGCGGGGCAGAAAUCCUUCCGUUUGUCCCCCAAAUUACGAGCUUUCCCCGAACCUGAGGUUAUCUGGUUGAAGGAUGGCAAGGUGGCAGAUGAGCAGUGCUCACGAUAUCAUGUGGACGGGUAUUCUCUGGUGAUCCGGGAUGUGGCAGAGGAGGAUGCUGGGGUGUACACCAUCCUCGCUGGCAUCCAGCAGUUCAGACUUCUCCAGAACCUCACCCUCUCGCUAGUGGUGCAUGUGAGGCCCCAGAUAGCAGAGAAAGCUGUGGCAGUGCAGGACCCGGGCACAGUGCUGCGUGCCAGCCGACUAUCCCUGCUCUGCACCUCUCAUGGUGUGCCAUCGCCUCACUUCCAAUGGGCCUGGUAUCCCUGCCCCCCUAAAGGGCGAUGCGAGGGCCUGGUUUCCUCCUCCUGGAGCGCCGUGAGUGAAAGUUCGGCAGUCACGUCCACGCGUAACCCCGUCCUGAGUAUCAGCCACAGACAGGAAGUGCUGCAGGGGAAGAAUAAGACUGUAGGAGUGUUAACGGUUGACAAAGCCUUAGUAUCUGGCAUCUAUCGCUGCAUUGCUUCCAACGCCAUAGGCAGAGACGAGCUGGACAUCCACUUCUAUGUUACAGACAUCCCAGGCGGCUUCUCCAUCUCCUUAGAGGAUGAGCCAAGAGAGGGCGGGGAUUCUCACCUGUCCUGUGCAGCCAAUAAGCACCUCUAUUCAAAUGUGUCGUGGUACCGGGUGGCAAACGGCUCCUCAGUUGUGAGAGGUGCAGCUCUGGGCGGAGAGUUGAGUGAGGGAGAAUUCUCCUUCACACUACGCCUGAUGCUGAGGAACCUGACGGCACACUCAUCUGGAACAUACCGCUGUUCCGCCACGCACCUGCCCACAGGGGAACACCUGCACCUGGACACAGUGGUGGAGGUCACAGUUCUGGAGGCUCCGAUGCUGCUGCAGAACCUCAGUGAUUGCAGUGUGAAUGUCAGCAGUUCUGUUACUCUCCACUGCCGUGCCCAUGGAGUUCCACACCCACUCAUCACAUGGUACAAGGACCACAGGAGGCUCAAGCAGGUGUCAGGUAUCAUGCUGGCUCCCGAUGAGGGCACCCUUCACAUUGACCGAAUCACUGCGGAGGAUCAAGGCCUGUAUACUUGCGAGGCAACCAAUGAAAAAGGAUCUGUGGAGAGCUCAGCCUUCAUUUCAGUCCAAAACUUGAGCGAGUCCUUCUCUUUGGAGAUCCCCACGCUUGCAUGCACCUGUGUGGUGGCCACGCUCUUCUGGCUGCUACUCACCCUCCUCAUCCGCAGACUCAGACAGCCCAACUUGACAAACAGGAAAACGGAUUACCUGCCAAUCAUCCUGCACCCAGGAGUGGGGCCUUUGGAUGAGCACUGUGAUAGGCUACAGUAUGACCCUGAGAAGUGGGAGUUCCCACGGGAGCGUCUCCAGCUAGAGAAGCCACUGGGCCGUGGAGCGUUUGGGAAAGUCAUGCAAGCAUCAGCGUUUGGCAUUGGAAACUCACCCAGUUGCACCACGGUGGCUGUCAAAAUGCUGAAAGAGGGCGCCACACCAAGCGAACAAAAGGCUCUUAUGACUGAACUGAAGAUCCUCAAUCAUAUAGGACAUCACCUCAACGUUGUCAACCUCCUUGGAGCCUGCACUAGACCAGGAGGGCCUCUGAUGGUCAUAGUGGAAUACUGCAAAUAUGGCAACUUGUCAGCAUACCUGAAGAGCAAGAGAGAAGUGUUCAUGUUGAACAGGGUGGUUGGAGGGGAGGAACAGAGCAGGGAAGCAGAACAAGACAGAGGCAACAGUCUGGACCACAAUGCCAACAUGAAGGAGAAAGGCUGUCAGUCCAUCAGUAAAAGUCCUCUACACCUAGUGGAUCUGAUCUCCUACAGCUUUCAGGUGGCUCGUGGAAUGGAGUUCCUCGCCUCACGUAAGUGUAUACACAGAGACCUUGCUGCCAGAAACAUCCUGCUGUCUGAAAACAACGUGGUAAAAAUAUGCGAUUUCGGCCUGGCCCGAGACCUUUACAAAGAUCCUGACUAUGUGAGAAAGGGUGAUGCUCGCUUACCCCUUAAAUGGAUGUCGCCAGAGUCGAUCUUUGAUAAGGUCUUUACCACUCAGAGCGAUGUCUGGUCCUUUGGUGUUCUGCUCUGGGAGAUCUUCUCACUCGGAGCGUCUCCGUAUCCAGGACUCAGCAUGGACGAGGAGUUUUGCCACAGGCUUAAACAGGGAACUCGAAUGCGUGCUCCAGAAUAUGGCACCCCUGAAAUCUACAUCACUAUGCUGGGGUGCUGGGAGAAAAACCCAGCUGACAGACCCACCUUUAACGAGCUGGUUGGAACUCUGGGAGAUCUGCUGCAGGCCCGUGUCCAGCAGGAUGGGAAGGAUUACAUUCCCUUGAAGAUAUUUCUGCCAGGCGAGAGCAGCACAGAGCACAUGAACUACAGGGACACACACCAGGGAAGUCCAAGCUAUAUCAAUACCAAAAUUGAAACCAUCGCUACUUUUGAAGAGGCUCACAACAGAGAAGUCCCAGAUGAUUCCCAGUCUGAUAGUGGGAUGGUCCUCCCCUCUGAAGAGUUGGUUCGACUGAAAUGGAGCAAUAAAAGCAAAAAGAUAUUGAAGAAUUUCAGGAUCUUCUCCAAGAGCCAGUGCCAGGAUAAGACACUUGGAACCACAGCGCGUCCCUGCAGGAGCAGUGCCUCCUGUGGCCGUAGGGAGAAUCACGCUACCUCCAGUCCCUUUGAUUCUGAUGCGUGUGGCUCUCCUCCUCCUGACUAUAACAAUGAACUGCUCCACUCAGCUCUCUAACAACUACUCAUCCACUCCUUUUUUCAGUCCAAGAUGCACCUAAGCAGUUUUACUCCAUGACUGUGGCACGGUGUUUAUCUUGGACAUGGAUUUUGUUGAUCUCUGCAUGUGCUGGAACCAGUUUAAAAGGAAAACUAGAACAAUGAAAAAUUUUGAGGAGUGAAAACAUAAUGGCAAAAGAAAAUGGUGUUUCUGAAGAAAAACAUAAUUUAAAAAUGAAAAAAAUAGUCAUUGUUCAAAAAUGAGAAGAAAGUUCUUUUGAAAUUAUACUCUCAUGGCUAAGGCUGUUUAAAAAAAAUGCAUUAAGGAGCAGUUCAUGUUGUCUAUCUUGGAAAUGUUCUAAUAUAUUUCUAAUAGUUAAUACUUGUAUUAUAUAA